AUGUCAGCCCCGCAACGUGGAGACAGAGGCGGCGGCCGUGGUGGCCGAGGUCGAGGAGACAGCAACCGUGGAGGCUCUUCCAAUCGCGGCGAUUUUUCCGGUGGUCGUGGCGGCGAUGCUCCAAGAGGAGGCGGCCACAACGAUCGAGGUGGUCCUUCAUCCCGAGGUGAUCGCGGUGGCGGCUCCUUCCGGGGCGAUCGCGGCGGUUCCUUUCGAGGUGAUCGUGGCGGUGGCUCCUAUCGAGGCGACCGUGGUGGCUUCCAGAGCGACAGAGGCCGAGGUGGUGGUGGAGGCGGACGUGGAGGACGAGGAGGUUUCCAGCUCCCAAUCCACUCUGGACCAAGCUUUCCCAACAACAGCAUCUUCCUCGAAGGCAAUGUCCCUCAGCCAGACAAGGACGUUCAUGCUCUCGAAGAUGCUCGUGUCAAGAACACCGCGGGCAAGAUCAUUGAGCGUUUCCCGGGACGCCCAGGCCAUGGUACCAAGGGUAUCUCCAUCGUGCUGCGUGCCAACUACCUGCACCUCAAGACCGCCUUCGAGACUGGUAAACAGGAGGUUCCCCUCUACCGCUAUGCGGUUGGUACGGUUGGAGGCGAGAAGCUCAGCAAGCCCAAGAUGCGUCUUCUCGUGACCAACCUUAUCAGAGACCCCAUGUUCGCCGGCCGUCAGGUCGCGACAGACUACUCAAGCAUCAUUGUGACGACCAAGAAGCUCGAUCUCGGCCCUUCCGACCGUAAGCAAGGCAAGAUCGAGGUCAUCGAUCCCACCUUACCCCCUUUCCAAGGUCCAGACAAUACACAGGCUCAGGAAGCCAGAAAUCGACGCACCAAGGGUGAUCUCGUCCAAGUACUCAACAUCAUUCUAGGCAAAGCACCCAAUGAUAUGGCCAAUGUAUACUCGCUUGGACAAAACAAGUACUUUCCCGGUGUCGGCUCGCCAUUGAUGGAGCAGGUCGACAUUACUGGCGGCCUCCAAGCCCUUCGAGGCUACUAUGCUAGUGUUCGCACUUCAUCAAACAGGAUCUUGGUCAAUCUCAACGUAGCAAGUGCGGCUUUCUACAAGGCUGGACCACUCAUGAACCUUGUUUCUGAGUUUGUGGGCGGUUACUCUGGUCAAGCUCUCAGAGCACAGGACCUAGUCAAGGCUGAAGGUUUCAUCCGCAUGCUUCGCGUCAGCACGAACUAUCUCAAGGCUCUCGAUGCGAACGGCAAGCCUAAGACGGACGCUCAAGGGCGCCCUCAGACCGUGCCUGGUUUGAAGAGCGUUGUCGGCCUAGCUCCCCGUCCCAGGAAUGGCGAUGCCAGAUCUGUCUCCUUCUCCUGGUCGGACCCCAAGAAUCCUCAAGCUGCAGCUCGCAGUAUCUCUGUGUUUGACUUCUUCAAGACUCAGCACGGCAUCACUCUUCAGCACCCAGAAUUGCCUGUCCUCAAUGUAGGCACGAGAAAUGAUCCUUCAUAUUUGCCCAUCGAGCUGGCUACUGUUUUGCCUGGUCAACCCGUCAGACGCCUACUCUCCGGAGGUAUGUAUCAGAGCUUGAACCCUUUUCACAUUGCAGAGUUCUAUUCAGGAUCUGCUAGACGUCCAUUGAGAGCCUGCUGUCACUCGCGAGAAGGCACGCUCUCGGUGGAGUCGUCCAACCUUUGGAUAGCACUUUGCAAUGCGACAGUUGGUGCAGUGCACCGUUGA